CCGUGGUCGAGCGUGCUUCUAUUUGUUUGGAUUUGUGGUGUACGCGAUUGGGACGUUUUUCCACUCCCCUGUGCUUUAAUUUAUUGGGAACACAGUUUACCAAAAUUGGCACGGCGAUGUCAUCUCAACGGCUGGUGAGAAAAGCGUCGCACGCUGGUAGUUGGUACACCGAUUCGGCACGUGAAUUAAGGUAUCAGCUUGAAAACUGGCUCUCUGCUGUUGGACCACCGACAUUUGGACCAGCACGGGCAAUUAUAGCGCCGCAUGCUGGCUACCAGUACUGUGGUGCCUGUGCCGCACAUGCCUACAAGCAAGUCGACCCUACUGCUGUGCGACGUGUCUUCAUCCUGGGACCUUCCCAUCAUGCUCGAAUUGGAGGAUGUGGUCUCUCCCCAGCCAAAACCUACAGAACACCAUUAUAUGAUCUCACCAUAAACCAUGAAGUUUAUGAAGAACUUUACGAGACAGGUGCAUUUGAAGAGGUAUCGAUUCAUGUUGAUGAGAAUGAGCACAGUCUAGAAAUGCACCUGCCAUACAUAGCGAAGGUCAUGGAAAACCAGGAGUUCACCAUCGUGCCCAUCAUUGUGGGAUCACUGAGUCCUGAGAAUGAGGCUUUCUACGGCCGACUGCUGAGCAAGUACCUUGCUGACGCAGACAACCUUUUCGUCAUAUCCUCAGACUUCUGCCACUGGGGGGCUAGGUUUCACUAUCAGUUCUACGACAAGUCCUGGGGCAACAUCCAUCAGUCCAUUGAAAAGCUGGAUAAGCAGGGGAUGAGCAUAAUCGAGGAGCUUUCUCCAACUGCGUUCACCGCGUACCUGAAGAAGUAUGGAAACACCAUCUGCGGCCGCCAUCCCAUUGGGGUCCUGCUUAAUGCUGUGGACACACUCCAAAAUUCUGGAAAUGGCCACAGGAUGGCGCUCAAGUUCCUGAAGUAUGCCCAGUCCAGUCAGUGUAUGAGCAUGAGCGACUCUUCCGUCAGCUAUGCCUCAGCAGCUCUCCGCCUCGACUGAUACUACCUGAAUGCCAAAGUUGUCUUCCUUUUCUCUGCGUUGUUUCUUCGUGCACGUGCGCUUGUACUCACUGGAUUGUCUUUUCGUUGCUUUCCACAAUAUCUUUCAUUUUAAUGAUGGAUUCGGGACACAAGAUUAGCGUGGUGGAUGUUCACUUUUUUAUAUCUGAGCAACUGGCGCAGUGCGAGUGGAUGGUCUGUGAGAAGGAGUGAUUUGAACGUGUCAUAUUCACAUCACCACAGUGAAAUCUUUCUUGAAUGAACGCGAGUUGUUUUUGUCUCAUUUGAAACAGCUCCGAGCAAAAUAAUUACGAUUCUCAUUGUUGAUGAUGGUAAUGCGACAACUGCUUUGACACGCAGUGACUGUUAAUGCCUCGCUGGUUCAGCAGCCUGAGAUAAAAAGAGCAAAAGCAAUUACGGUAAAUUGUGAGAGCGAACGAAAAUCAGCCACAAAGAACCACCCCAUGUGCCCUAACCUGUGAUACUAUUUUUGACUGCUGUCUGCCAAUUCGUGCUCGGGAAUUUGUGUACCGAAGCUAUUUUUUAAUUAAGUUACAGUCGGGUUGCUAUUGAUUAAAAUGCAGCUUUUGACUUGUGCAGUUGGAGUGAUAUGGAAACAGCAAAUUGAAUGUUGCAGUUCAUUUUGACGACUGUAAUGAGUCACUCAAAUUGACACUACACAUGUCAGUUAUAAUCAGUGUCCUGAAUGCAUAGCAGUACCUUUUUCUUAAUCUCUUAAUGCUGAAACAAGCAAAGCAUUGCUGCACACUCACAUUGUGGAACACAGGAUGUGAUGCGCUGAAGGCUGAAAGCUUGAUCUUUAUGGUUUGUCUCCACUGUAGGCUGAAGGCGAGUUCGUUCCGGUAGAUUGUAUAGUUUAGCUAAGAGUGUGUGUGAUUAAUUUUAAAAGUGAGCUAUUGCUGUGUGCAAGAGAGAUGGCUGAUCUCGUUGUACAGUAUGCGAGUGUAGACUUGUAGAUGUUAGUGUGACAAAUAACAUGCGAAUGAGUAAAUAUAAUGAUCUGCUUUCAGCUAUAUGCAGUGGAGCACAGGAUCGCAGGUCCUUGGCGGUUGCAUUUUGAAAUGAAGGUGUAGGUGGUUAUAAAGCCAAAGUGAUAGGCACACGACAUUUAGCUGCACAUUGGAGCAUUCUUCGCAAUCAAAAUUAAUCUGACUGCUUAUUAUAGAACGCUUCCAGACUAGGAGUAGAUCUUGAACGUAAAACCAAAUAAUUUGGUUAAUGUGUGCAUUGGAAACAAAAUAGACAAACUUGUGUUGUUUUUCAUGUAUAACCGGUAGCCAUCAGCAUAAGGUAAUCAUUAUGUUUAUGCUUUUUAAUGCCAUAGCGCCCAGCAGCUCAGUUCUGCGGCAAUUCCGAUGUUGUAGUCGUUUUUAGUUGUGAAUGAAAAAGGCACUGUUGACUGUAGUUCAAACUCAAGGUAGAUGCAAAUAAAGUUAAAAAAGCCAGAGAGUGUUUGUAUUUUGGCUUUUUUUGCGGUAAAGUUUAGGUUUUACUGAAAAAUGAAGGCAGGUUAGUGAUAGGGAAGGGGAUAGCGCACUAUGUGGGUGCAUGUGCAGAUGUAACUAUCGCAUUCAGCUCUUAAAAGUGAAGCUUAAAUGCUGUCAAUUUUUCUUGUUGUCAUUUGCCUCAUAAAUUUAUAGUAGGCAUUGAAUCUAACGAAGGAUGCAGUUGAACCCCAUUAAGUCCAUAGAAAUUCGAAUACAGGUGAACUUUUGAUUAUGUUCACUACUUGUUACAAGCUAAAUAAAUGGAUCUGUGCCAGCAA